GAUGGGGAGCUGUGAGUCACACUGCAAAUGUGGUGGAGGGGGGUGUGUGGGGUGCAUCAAACAAACAACAACAAACACCCUUUUACCUUAACAUGUAUCUAAUAUUUCCUGAUGAUAUAUACAGUAUGUGAUAUACACUAUGUGAUAUAUACAGUACAUACAUACGACAUGCUUAUUUUCCAUAUAUAUGUGUAUAUAUAUAUAUAUAUAUAUGUGUGUGUGUGUGUAUGUGUGUGUGUGUGUGUGUGUAUAUAUAUGUAUAUAUAUAUAUGUGUGUAUAUAUGUGUGUGUGUUUGUGUGUGUGUAUAUAUAUAUCACAUCAGAUCUAAACUGGGGAAAAAUGAUGUUGAAUAUGUUUCCUGAUAAUAAGUGGGUGAUGUAUUAGUAACAAAAUGAUGCCACAUCAUUUGAUAGAAAUGAAAAUGAUCACCCUAUAGAGGGGGGAAAUCAAAGACACCCCAAAAAUGAAAGUGAAAAAAUGAUGCAGCACACUGGUCCAUUUAGCUAAAAUGUCAUUGUAGCAACUCAAAAUGAUUCUCAGUAGUUUGUGUGGCCCCCACGUGCUUGUACGCAUGCCUGACAACGUGGGGGCAUGCUCCUAAUGAGACUACGGAUGGUGUCCUGGGGGAUCUCCUCCCAGAUCUGGACCAGGGCAUCAAUGAGCUCCUGGACGCAUGGAGGAGAUUCCAGGAGACAGGUAGUUACUCCAGGAGAGCUGGACAGGGCCGUAGAAGGUCCUUCAACCCUCAGCAGGAUCGGUAUCUGCUCCUUUGUGCAAGGAGGACCAGGAUGAGCACAGCCAGAGCCCUACAAAAUGACAAUCAUUUUGAGUUGCUACAAUGACAUUUUAGCAUAAUGGACCAGUGUGCUGCAUCAUUUUUUCACUUUCAUUUUUGGGGUGUCUUUGAUUUCCCCCCUCUAUAGGGUGAUCAUUUUCAUUUCUAUCAAAUGAUGUGGCAUCAUUUUGUUACUAAUACAUCACCCACUUAUUAUCAGGAAACAUAUUCAACAUCAUUUUUCCCCAGUUUAGAUCUGAUGUGUUUUCCAAGUGUUCCUCUAAUUUUUUUGAGCAAUGUUAAUGAAAGAAAAUUAUAUAAAUGAAAAUAAUUGUUUGCCUAAUUAUUCACCCCCUUUUUAAUGUAAUGGUCUAAUUCAACAGAGGUCCAUCAAAUUGUUGCCAAUAGUCUCACAAUGAGUGAAAUGAAGAUGACCUGAGUGGUGUGGGUGUGUUUCAAGUGAUUGAGUUGUAAAACACCUGUGUCUGAAGGGUCCAGAGAUGGUUGAUCAGUAUUCCUGGCUACCAUUACACCAUGAAGACAGAAGAACACUCUUAGCAACUCAGGGAAAGGGUUAUUGAGAAGUACAAUUCAGGGGAUGGUUACAAAAACAUUUCCAUGGCACUGAACAUCCCUCGGAGUUCAGUGAAAUCAAUUGUCAAGAAAUGGAAGGAAUAUGGCACUUGUGUGAAUCUACCUAGAUCAGGCCGCCCUCGUAAACUGAGUGACUAGUGAGGAGACUAGUGAGAGAAGCCACCAAGACCACUACAACUGCUCUGAAGGAGUUCCAAGCUUCAGCUGCUGAGAUGGGAGAGACUGUGCAUGUAGCAACUGCUGCCCGGGUUCUUCACCCAUCAAAGCUUUAUGGGAGAGUGGCAAUGAGAAAGCCACUGCUGAAGAAAAGUCAUAUUAAAAGCACGUGGAAGACUCCAUGGUGAAGUGGAAGAAGAUUCUUUGGUCUGAUGAGACCAAAAUUGAGCUUUUUGGCCAUCAGACAAGACGUCAUGCUUGGCGGAAACCAAACACUGCACAUCACCAAAAAUACACCAUCCCCACUGUGAAGCAUGGUGGUGGCAGCAUCAUGCUGUGGGGAUGUUUCUCAGCAACUGGACCUGGAAGGCUUGUAAAGAUAGAGGGUAGAAUGAAUGCUGCAAAAUACACUGAAAUCCUGGGGGACAAUCUUUUUCAGUCUGCAAGAGAACUACGUCUUGGGAGAAGAUUUAUUUUCCAGCAAGACAAUGAUCCAAAACAUACUGCAAAAGCUACACAGGAAUGGUUAAAAAGAACCAGGUAAAUGUUCUGGAGUGGCCGAGUCAAAGCCCAGACCUCAAUCCCAUAGAGAAUUUGUGGCUGGAUUUGAAAAGGGCUGUUCAUGCCCGAUACCCGCACAACCUGACAGAGCUUGAGCAGUUUUGCAAAGAAGAAUGGAGCAAAACUGCAGUGGGCAGAUGUGCAAUACUGAUUGAGACCAUCCACACAGACUCCCUGCUGUGAUUGCAUCUACUAAAUACUGACUUGAAGGGGUGGAUCAUUAUGUAAACUAUUCUUUUCAUUGAUAUCAUUUUCUUUCAUUAACAUUACUUUCUAAAAAUCUGUUUUCACUUUGACUUUAAAGAGUUUUUUUUCAAUAUUUUUUUGUUAAAAAAGCUAAAAUUUAUUGACCAUGAUUGAUUUAUGAAAGCAAUAAAAGGGUAAACCAUCAAAGGGGGUGAAUACUUCUGAUAGGCACUGUAUAUUUGAUGACAUGACGAUAUAAUGAUAUUAUGAGCGGAAUGAGAAAGGAUGCUUUGUUGGCGUUGCAGGCUGGCCGCUGCCAUGUCCUCGCCUCCGAGUGGGGACAUACCAGGCCACCGUCUGAGUGUGGUGCAGAACCCGCCUGGCUGGGAGGUGGGCAUCUACCUGGUGGGCUUCGCGGCUCUGCUGGCCAUAGCCGGGCUGAACAUCUGGAAGCUGUGGAAGUCUGGAACCUUCCCGGCGCCAUCGCCCUUUCCCAACUUUGACUACAGAUAUCUCCAGGAAAAAUAUGGAACAUCCUUCUCAGAAGUCCGACAAAAGCGGGUGGCGGCCAGCAGCCACCGGCGGGCCUCCAUCACGUCCAGCCGCAAGCCCAGCCUGGCCCUGGGUGACACCCCGGACGGCCUCAGGGAUCUGGGUCACCUUGAGCUGAUGGGCCGAGAUCUGGACCCGAGCGGCGUGGUCCUGCUCAACCGCUCAGUCUCCACCGACUCGCUCAGCUCCAUCUCGUCCGUCGCCAACAACUUCGGCCACGACUUCACCGUGGGCCAGCUGGAGGUGACGCUGGAGUUCGAGUCCUGCAGAUUCUUGGGGCAGGGGGUGCUGCACGUCACCAUGCACCAAGGCAAAGACCUCCUGGAGAAGGAAGAAGGAGACUUCCCAGGCUGCUUCAUCAGGGUGUCCCUGGGGCCCGAGGAACUCAGUGUGGGCGUCACAAGGGUGCAGACCAAUGCCUUCACCGUCAUCUUUGAGGAGCGCUUCUCGGUGGCAGUGGAUGCGUGCGCCCUGGAGGACUGCAGCCUCAGAUUCGCCGCCUUCGGCAUCGACAACGACGAGAGGAACAUCAGUGCGGGGGUGGCAGAACUCAAGCUGUCAGACCUGGACCUGACCAUCAGACCCUUCAACGCCUGGCUCUACCUCCAGGAUGUCAAUAAAGCUGUGGACGCCGUGGGGGAGAUCCUCCUGUCGCUCAGCUACUUGCCUACGGCAGAGCGCCUCACGGUGGUGGUGGCCAAGUGCAAGAACCUGCAGUGGACCAACGACAAAAACACUGCAGGCCUGACGCUGCUAACGACAUGUUAGCAUACAGUAGAUGGCAGCAGUGACUCAUCAACUACUUCAAGAAGAACGCUUCAGUUGUUAUGAAGGAGGCACCAGGGCACCCAAGAAAGUCAGGACUGGCUCCGAAAGUUGACUGAGGGGCCGUCCACACGGAAACGUUUCCUGGUUCAAAAGUACUUUAUGGUUUCAGCCUUUCGUCCACACGGGAAGGGCGUUAAAAUGCGAGAACGCUGUCUUGUCGUUGCCGAGUAAACGGGCAAUACGAAAACAAUGACAUCACCGACUCACCGUUGCCUCACGUGACCAGAAGUGAGAGUUGCCGACAAACCAACCUAAUAUGUGAUCAUUUCGACGGCCAUGACUCACCCCAGUCGACAUUUUGCUCUUGUUUUGUUGUCUUUUACGCCAUGAUGACUCGCAGAAGUAAUUCCACUUCUCCUACGUCUCGACAGGCGGCAGACAACGGACUCAUGCGCGUGUGUUCCUUCUUCUUCUAUGGUUUGGUGUGUCACGUGUUUGUUUGCAGCGCCACACGUAGCUGUGUUCCCUCCCACUCUUGACUAAUCCGGGACAAUGUGGACGCCACUUUUAUUCAACCCUCAGGGACGUUGCCGUGUGGACAGGGCCUUAAGCGUGGUUAGGGUUGGGCAUCCUUCGAAUUUGAGUGAUUACGGUUCAGAUUCCUCGUUUCGAUUCAGUUUCCUAACGAUUCUCGAUUCUGAUUCUUUUCAGAGGUGAAAGAAGGGUGAUAGAAGUUUGCAUGGUUUAAAAGGGGGGCGCUCACCAAAGUCCCUGGAUGGAAUGUUUGAAUGUUUCUUAAUGAUAUGAACUUUUUAUGAAUGACUUUACUAUGAAUUUCUCACAGGACUGUUUUCAACCAAUAUAUAAACAUCAAAGCAUUGACCUUGAACAGAAAUGUUGAGAAGUCUCUUUCCAUAGUACACGUUCACAAGUCAUUUUUAUUUUUGAAAGGCUCAUAAAAACACAAUUUGUAGGCGCAGCCAAGGCAUCUAGGGAGUCCAGUUCGGGGGCCUUAGGAUCUGGUCUCUGCUAUUUGCAGACGAUGUGGUCCUGACCUUCAGUUUUUACUGGGGGGUUUGCAUCUGAGUGUGAAGCUUCUGGGAUGAGACUCAGCACCUCCAAAUCCGAGGCCAUGGUUCUCAGUGGGAAAAGGGUGGAUUGGGAAUGAGGUCCUGCCCCAGGUGGAGAAGUUCUAGUAUCUGGGGGGGGGUCUUGUUCACGAGUGAGGGAAGGUUGGAGCGUGAGGUCGAUAGGCGGAUCGGUGCAGCGUCUGCACUAAUGCGGUCGCUGUACCAGACCGUCGUGGUGAAGAGAGAGCUGAGCCGGAAGGCAAAGAUCAGACUCAUAGAGAUCACUUUACCCCCCCCCCAUCUAUGUUCCCACCCUCACAUAUGGUCAUGACUGAAAGAAGGAGAUGGUGGAUGGCGGCUGAAAUGAGUUUCCUCCAUAGGGUGGCUGGGGUCACCCUAAAAGAUAGGGGGGGGGGGCUCAGAGUAGAACCGCUGCUCCUUCACAUGGAGAGGAGCCAGUUGAGGUGGCUCAGGCAUCUAGUCCGGAUGCCUCCCGGACAUCUCCCUGGUGAGGUAUUCCGAGAAGGCCCCGGGGCAGACGUAGAACGCGCUGGAGGGAUUGUCUCACAGCUGGCCUGGGAACACCUUGGUGUCCUCCCGGUGGAACCGCAAGAGGUGGCCGGUGACCGGAAAGUCUGGACUUCCCGACUAAGACUGCUGCCCCCGCAACCCGGACCCGGAUAAGCGGAGGAAAAUGGAUGGAUGGAUGAAAAAACAAUGAGACAUAUCCUGUUGCUGAUGUGUUGGAGAGUGUCUUAUGAUGCGGAAUAGUCAAAAUGUAAGUUGGCCACGUUACUGACUUCCUACUAACCUGCGUACAGAAUACCAAACAUGUAUGGUGAAUGGGGUACAACUUAACGGGCUGUCUGGUCAACUUCCUGGCUUACGUUAGCUGGAUAUUUGAGUUGGCCACCGUGUAGGCAGUAUAAAGUACCAUCUGUUUUUGCUGCUUCCAUGUUGGCAUAAGAUCCAUGUAAUUCAUUUUACUUACCUGACUGGUUGGGAGAAGUCCUGCAUCAGAAACGGGGUCCUCUGCACACCGUGAACGUGGUGUUUAAUCCUGUGAGUGGUGCACCCUCCCUUGCAUGAUAUGGUGCCGUUGCACAUGCUUCACGGUGCCGACCGUUGAUUUUUUUUAGCAGAAUUUCAGCCAAACUUUACAGUGCCGACGCACUUUGUCCUUGCAUGAAAUGAAUGCACGCAAACACUCCCAGCCGCUUCUUCUUUGUGGGUGUUCUCCACCUUCUUAUUGGUUGGUGUUAUGCAGCCGUUAUUGCCGCUCGGCGCGCUGGAUCACCGAAUUUAAGGAUAAAAAUGAUUACAAAUGAACGAUUCAGGGCUAAUUCAGGGCUAAAAAAGAUCAAAGAUGGCGCCCUCCGUGGCAGACGUCUCUGUGACACUCUCCCGUGUUUUUCUAUUUUUUGCUAUUUUAUUGUUCAUUUUGGACAUUCAACACACUCACGCAGUACAUUACAACAGAGAGACACUUUUGAACAUCGGCAGGGUUCACCAUGAACCUUCAUUUAGCCUCUCAGACUUUGCCUUUCUUCUGCGCCGGGAGAACGCAGCAGCCUGCGGACCUGGUGAGCUGAAUACCCGGCGAGCAAAGCAUCCGAGGCGUAAACGAGGCAAGCGAGCCGGCCUGCAUGCUAGGCUAAAAGCUAGAGCGACGAGGCCACCGCUACCAAGCCUGCUGCUAGCCAACGUCCGCUCUCUUGAAAACAAGAUGGACGAACUACGAGCAAGGAUUACAGCUCAACGUGAGAUCAGGGAAUGCUGUGUCCUCACCUUCACAGAAACCUGGCUGACGGAGGAUAUACCGGACUCGGCGAUCCAGUUGGAAUCAUUUGCUGCUUACCGGGGAGAUCGGACUUUAGCGUCUGGUAAACACAGAGGUGGCGGCGUCUGUGUUUACGUAAACAAACGGUGGUGCACAGACGUACAGACGAUGGAAAAGCACUGCUCGCAGGACAUUGAGCUGCUGAUGGUGAAAUGCAGACCUUUUUAUUUGCCUCGUGAGUUUAGCGCUGUGUAUUUAACUGCUGUUUACAUCCCACCACGAGCUAACACUGCUAAUGCACUAGGCCUCCU